AUGGAUGAUUUUGCAGGUGAUGGAAAUGAUUCAACAGCAUCAUCGACUGAUGUUCAAUCUACAGGACCAACUUCAUUUGUUUAUCAAGAUUUAAUCUUACAUAUUCAAAUAAUUCAGCAUCAAAUAAUUGAAAUCGUGAAAUUUCUUGAUGAUCAAUGCAAAAAUCAAAAGAAUAUACAAAAAGAAUUAAAAUCACGGUCGAUAACAUUUAUUGAUCCAUAUGGAUAUCCAAUAAACGAUGAAUAUAUGGAUCACGAAUUGAUCAGUCCAUUAUUUAAAAAGUACAAGAAGAAUUACGUACCAAAAUAUUUACAGCAGUGGAUCAAAAUUGGAACAAUGAAUCAAGAUGUUAUUUCUCCAUUGGAUGAAUGUCAUCUGAAAUUAUCUGUAUCCGAAUAUCCAGACGGUUAUCAGUUUAUUACACAUGGUGAUUUAAAUAUCUUGGUAGAAUAUCGUGAAGAUGUAGCACCUCAACAAUUUGUAUUACGUGUUCUCGUAACGGAUACUAUUGACAAGAUUAAAAUGCAAAUACAAAAACUUCGAAAACUGCCGAACGUUGAAUUAAAAUCAUACAUAGCAGAUCAAGGUUCUCGAAUGACUACACAAAAUUGGAAUGAAGGUCGAACAUUGAAGUUAGAGGAAACCGUCUUGUCAUUAAAAUUAUAUGAAGAUAAUUGUAUUAUCAUCGCAAAAGUUUUGCAAGAAAAAACUGCUACCGGACAAUCCAUUUCUGAUUUUCAAGUUUUUGCUAAAACUCUUACAGGAAAGGCGAUUUCGCUUCAAGUCAAUGCUUACAUGGAUAUAACUAUUGUCAAAAAAUUGAUACAAGAUUCCGAAGGUAUUCCUCCUGAUCAACAACGUUUAUUAUUUGCUGGAAAACAACUCGAAGACAAUAGAACUCUUUCAGAUUAUAACAUACAGAAAGAAUCUACGAUUAAUAUGGUACUAUCUUUACGUGGUGGAAUGUUUCAUUUUACGAGUGGUCGACAAGAUUUCCGAAAUGUGCCGAAUACAGCAGCAGAAGCAAUAAAAAAUGUUUUGGCAUUUGAAUUUCAACAUAUGAACCAUCCUGAACGUUUAUCACCAGCUGAACUACAAAAUUCUGUUUUACAAGGGCAACUUCUUCUUUCCAAACUAAUUAGUGAAGUUCAAAAUAUCUCUGUACAUUGUGAUAUUCCAAAUUUAAAAGAUAUUAUAUUAUCGAAUGUUGACGAUAAUCAAGAUGAGAAUGACAAUGAAGAAAAUAACGAUAAUUAUGAUGAUGAUGUCUCAAAUCAACAAUGA